UACUCUUGCCCCCUUAGGACCUUUAUUCUAUCGAGCUCCACCCACGAAAAAGGCUCCCCUUGCCAGGAUCAAAGGGAAAAGAAGAGAGGGAAAAAAAGGGCGGAAGCGAAAAGGGUGAAAGAGAGAUCAAGAACCUUAACUGCCGGUACCGAGUACUGUGUUUUCCUAUACGAUCAUGAUACUUUAUUGUUCUCUCACCAUUUUUCCUCUAUAAGUUGGAUGGUCUAGCCUUCAAAAUAAAUUUUACGAUAUCUUAAAUACAAUCAGGCUUCAUCGGUCAAUAUUGUACCGCCGUCGCCCCUCACUCGAUCGCUCACACGAUCCGUUUCUGUUGCCCUUUCGAUUCGUUCUUAUAGUCCUAGUUUCUCUCCCCUAGACAGAGACAUAUCGCGCCCAACACUCCCCUUCCCUUUUGGAUUAAUUUUGCAUCAGUCUUCCGCUGCGCUUCUGCAGUUUCCCGCAGAGAGUUUCUCUCCCCUCUUUCUUUCUCUUGUCCCUUUUCCCUUCGAUACCGUGCCCUCCAGUUCCCUUCCCCUCUCUAAUAGCUUACCUCCAAUCCCCGCCAGAUAAUUCAACCACAGCUGCAACCCCCCCCCCGUGGAUCACCAGAGUUACUGCAGUAAUUGAAUUUUCCUCCUAAUCACCGUUGCCGUUUGAACAUCCCUCAUGACUAUCGAUAUGAGACCAAAGAAGGCUCUAUUUUUAUUAUGCCUUCCUGACGAGUUGCUCGUUGAGAUAAUCUCUCACCUACCCCCGAAGGAUGUUAUCCCCCUGCAUGCAACCUCUCGUCGCCUACGAGCCCUAACUCGACUUGACCCAACCCUCUGGCGAUCGCUCUGUUCCUACCGCGAAGGCUCGUCUCUUACCGUACUGACCCCUCCUCGAACACCCAUCUCUGAUGUCGAAUGUGCCACCAUAGAUUGGUACACUGAAUACAAGUUUCGUAAUGCUCCUACGAGGAUGCUCUGGGUUGGCACCGGCUCCCCGACUGUGGGAGACGAGGUGAAGGGUAUUGGGGCAUUCCCAUCCAGGGGUGGGAGUACCGAGGAUGAUAUGGUCGUUGCGGCAACAUCUGAUGGGAGCGUCAAGAUUUGGAGUUUACAGGAUAAUUGUGCCGCCAGGGAAAUUGGAAAAUCUGAAAGGGGAUUAAUAUUUUCGCAAAAAAAGAGAACGCCAGCUCUCGAGGCUCAACAGAAGAUACGGGAAGCGGGAAUCGUCGAUGGGGUUUCCAUCGAUGCAGCGGCGGGCAGGAUCUGGGUCGCCGGAGAGGAUGGUUUGGUUGAGAUCGAUUUAACAUCUCUGAAAAGAAUCUCGACCCACCGGUUCCCGUUCUCUAUUAUGGCUCUUUCGCAAACCUCCUCCCCCUACCCCUUAACAAUAGGCACUACCCUAACCCUACAUAUGCACGAUUCCAGAGUAUCGCCAAACUCUCCCCCACCCGCCCAUGCUCCUCUCUUUCAACCGGGACCCCUAUCGAUCCUUCAUUCCGGCUCAAGUGUAAAGGUAGCCGGCCGAUUCCCGUCAUUAUUGUCGUAUGACCGUCGAGGUUGGCCAAAACUUACCUCAACAAUACAUUCUGGCGCCCGGCUCUGCGGCUUAACAACCAUUGGCACUUCGGGCCUUGCCGCAUGUGGAGAAUACAACGGUAGGGGAACACUAGAGAUAUACCCCGGUCUAGGAUCACCAUACCCUAUUGUUAAAAACCGGCAAACUGCCGCCAGAAGUAAAAUCCUCACUGUAACGUCACACGGGAGUUACCUAGUCACCGGUAAUGCAGAGGGAUGUAUAAGCUUUUUCGAGAGGGAUGCUAGAACAGUGAUUCGCGAACAUUGGGUUGAGGGUGGGGGGAAAACCUCCUCUGGUAUAUGGAAUGUGGGUGAGGAUGGGGGUGAUGUGAUUCGGCGGGUGAAACCACUACGGGGCGGGGAUGGGAAGAUAUUAGUAUGGGCAGGUGAUAGGCUCGGGUUAUUGGGCGUUGGAAAGGAACGACAAGAGAUCCCGGAAGAGGCGGUGCGCCCCGAAAGUGAAGAGGAGGAGUACCUAACGAAGAUGAGAGAGUUAUUGAGACGGCAGGGUGAGGAAGUUGGAAUCUUGGAAGGUAUGGGCUUGUAGUGCGCAUAGAUUAACUUAUUUCAGAGAAUAGGGUAGCCUCUUGGAGCUUUAGCUAUUGUGGGAGUAGUGCUCGGGGGUGUAGAAGGUUUUGUACCACUGAUUUCAACACAUCGGUAGCAUCACAAAUACCGAUUCCGCAAA